AUGAAACAUUUUCUUGCUGUUGUGUAUGUAGUUGGAUUUUCCCUCUGCGCCUUCACAAACUCUAAACCGAGACCCUCUGAGUUUCAUCUGGAAGGAGAUUAUUUGCUAGGUGGACUUUUUGACAUCCAUUAUGGCAGCUCACCUCUUAAUCCCAACAGACCUGAAGCCAUUGACUGUUCCAGUCAGACUUUUCUUCUUCCAAAUUUCCGGAGGUUUCAGUUGAUGAGGUUCACGGUUGAGGAAAUAAAUAACUCCACCACCCUGCUUCCAAAUGUUACCCUUGGAUAUGAGAUAUUUGAUCACUGCUCAGACACGCUUAGCCUGCCGGGGAUCCUCAAACUCAUCUCCGUCAAUGGCCUCAUUCAGCCUUGGCCUGAACCAUCAAAGAAUCGGUCCAAAGUCAUGGCGCUGGUCGGUCCUUCUACAAGCACACAAAGCGUGACUAUAGCUCCGUUUUUCAUGAUGGAUCACAUUCCUAUGAUCAGUUACGGAAGCUCUGCCUCAAUUUUUUCUGAAAAACUCAAAUACCCCUCUUUUCUACGAACAGUACACCCCAAUAAAGACACUAUAGAUGCAAUUGUCAUGAUUCUUCAACACUUCAACUGGCGCUGGGUUGCUUUCCUUCACAGCGAUAAAGACUAUGGUAUUGACACCCAGGAGAUAUUCACUCAGAGGAUUAAAAACACUAACAUCUGUCUGGCUUUUACCAGGACCCUGGACAACAGCAAUGAUUACAUAGAAAUCCUCAAACAGAUAGAGGCACAAAAAAUAAAUGCCAUUGUUGUUUUUGCUCCAAAACUGUAUGCCGAAGCUGUCAUUAAAACUGCAGUUCAUCUGAACGUCACCAACAAAGUUUGGGUAGCAGAUGAUGGAUGGGCUUUAAACAAAGUGCUACCAAAGAUGGAGGGAAUCAAAAAUAUUGGAACUGUAAUUGGAGUGGCUCAGCCAGUAAUAACAAUUCCUGGUUUUGAGGAAUUUAUCAAAUUUACUAAAAGCCAGGCACCCAAAGUAGACCCUGAGCAGCAGACGUUGUGUAAUCAGGUUUGCAGCUGCAGAAAUGUGACCGUUGAAGACAUUCUUGCAACAGAUCCAUCGUUCUCUUUCCCAGUUUAUUCUGCUGUGCAUGCCGUUGCCCGUGCCUUACACAACGUCCUAGAAUGUGAAUCUGGCAGAUGUAGUGAUCAAAUAGCAGUGCAGCCAUAUAUGGUGCUAGAUGAACUCAAGAAGUCCAAUUUCACAUUGUUAAACCACAACAUUCAAUUUAAUGAGAAUGGAGACCCCAAAUUUGGACAACUUUCAGUAGUUUUCUGGAACGACAGUGGUGAUGCUCAGGAGGUUGGUUUUUACAAUCUUGACUCGUCUACUAGUUUCUACAUCAACGACGUCGAAAUUCAGUGGCACACAGGUGGAAAAGUGCCGAUCGCAUUGUGUUCCCCAGAAUGUCCAACAGGAUUUGCAAAAACACAAAUUGGAAUCCAUAAAUGUUGCUUCAAGUGUGAAAUGUGUCCACAGGACACAUACGUCAACGUCACAGAGGAUCCCUUUCAGUGCGUCAGCUGUAAGGAGACAGAGUGGUCUGAAGCAGGAAGUACAUCAUGCAAGCUGCGGCUGGUGGAGUAUUUGCCAUUCACUGACAUCGGAGUUAUUCUGGUAAUGGUUGCAGCGCUGAUCUUGGUGGGUCUCAUUCUGGCCAUAUCCGUUCUCUUUGCCAUCAACUUCAACACUCCUGUUGUCAGAUCUGCUGGAGGACCAAUGUGCUUCCUGAUUUUAGGCUGUCUCACUCUGUGUAGUGUGAGUGUGAUCUUUUACUUUGGUAAGCCCACAAAUGCUUCUUGUGUCUUGAGGUAUUUACCAUUUCUGUUGUUCUUCACUGUUUGUCUGGCAUGUUUUGUUGUGCGCUCCUUUCAGAUUGUUUGCAUUUUCAAAAUAGCCGCAAAGUUCCCCAAACUCCAAAGCUGGUGGACAAAAUAUCAAGGCCAGUGGCUGCUCAUCACUGGGGCAUUCUCAACUCAGGCCCUUUUGGUUCUUUUUGGCUUUUCUUUUUACCCUCCUAGACCAUACAAUGAAACAUCAUGGUACCAGGAGCAAAUUGUUCUUAGCUGUGACUUAAAUCUUGCUAUUGCAACUUGUUCUUUUAUUAUCCUCCCAUUAUUAUGUUGUCUUUGCUUCAUUUUCUCUUACAUGGGAAAGGACCUUCCAAAGAAUUACAAUGAGGCCAAAGCAAUAACCUUAUGCCUGCUGCUGCUAAUCAUCACCUGGAUUGUGUUUAUUACUGCAUACCUCCUUUACCGUGGAAAAUACAUCCAUAUUCUCAAUGCUUUGGCGGUUCUUUCAAGUCUUUACUCUUUUCUGUUUUGGUAUUUCCUCCCAAAAUGUUACAUCAUGAUUUUUCAAUCCCAUAAAAACACACAGAAGUACUUUCAAGGGCUCAUUCAAAAUUAUACCAAAACAAUUUCCCAGUAG